AUGGGUUCGUGCUUCUCAAAGCCUCGGGUGGAGGGAGGCGAUGCUUCUUCUGGGAACGGAGGGAAGAAGGUUCAGAGCAGCAGAACGUCUGGCAAGAAGCCUGAUGUUGAAACGGCAGCACGAGGGAGCUCGACCGUCGAGCAGCAAGGCCAACACGUGCAGAAAAUGAACGCCGAGGCAAAGAAUGGCAAAGUGUUUGCGCAGCUAGCGUCAGCUGCGAUAUCUACCGCGGAAGCAGAACUAGCAGCAGCAAGAGAAGCAGGUAGUAGCAGUGGUGGUGUUGGUGCUGCUGCUAAUGUUGCUGCUGCUGGCAGAGCGGAUAUGGGCCGCGAGGACGAAGCAGAGGAGUUUGCAGAUGCGCCCUCCAGGCAGGACUCGGGGGAAGACGAGCUGCAGAGCGCCAGAGAAGACUCAAGCUCGCAAGCAGCAAGUGGAGCGGAUGUAGAAAUCAGUGUGACUGACCGCCACGUCCCCACCAUGGCGAGUGGUCCUGGUCCGGGGUCUGGUCUGCCAGAGAUUCGGCCUGCUCUUGACGUUCCUCCCACGGCAGAAGCAUCGGCGGAAGACGCAAGGGGCCGUCAGAAAACUGCAAGCAGUGUGGAUGUAGAAGGAAGAGCGGAGGAAGGGGUUCAAGCGGAGGGGGCGAGGCGAGAAGGGGCACCAGCUGGGUCAGAGGCGUACAGCGGGGAAGAGAUGAGAUUGGACGGUCCAGAUGGAGCUGUGGAAAGGAAUUCCAGUGGCAGGAGACCUCUAUCUGGAGAGAAUCAAGCGUGGCACAGGAAGGGCAUUGCUGCUGGCACAGCAGGCUGGACUCGUAAUGGCAAUGAACAGCAGCAGCAAGACAGCCGAAGCAAGGGAGGAGUGAGAGGCGACGAUGGAAGGGCUGUGGCGCAACAAGUAGCAAAGGCAACUCCAGCACCAGCAAACCCAGCAGCAGCAAGAUCAGCAUCAGCAUCAGCAGCAGCUGUAUCAGCUUCCGAUGCUGUCAGAGCCUCAUCAAAUCUGCUCGGCCCCGUGCUGUCUGAUUCCGCUGCUCUUGAUUACUAUGGACCGUCCUUGCUCAAACAAGGGUCACGGAGGGGCAGGAGCAGAGAGUCCAGCAGGCGGGGUGAUGGGGGUGGCAAGGGCUGUCUGCAGUAUGAGGCGAGUGGGAGUGACAGCGAGGAGGGGGGUAUGCAUGCAGGGCGGAUGGGAAAGGGCAGGACUAGGGUUUGCUUGGGUGGCGAAUAUGGACUGGAUGGGGAUGGGCCGGAUGGGUAUUGCUUUCCCAGGAGGAAGAGAAAGGCGAGUCGGCAGAGUAAGAGCGCAGUGGAGAGCGGUGCAGAGAGAGAUGGUAGGGUUGCGAAUGAAGGGGGACUUGUGGGAAGUAGCACCAGAGGGAGAGGAGAGGUGUAUGGUCAAGUGCAGGAGUGUAAUGGAGGGGCACGUGGGAAUGAGGAGGGCUUGAUGGUACAGGUGGUGAAGAGAAGACGAGGACGAGAGAAAGAGAAGGAGGAGAAGGAGAAGCAGAGGGUUCCUGUGAAUGCAAACGACGGGCUUAACGUUUUCAUGAUGACCCAGAAAGGCACGAGGGGAAAGAAGGGUAGUAGUCAGCGCAAACCAAGGCUAGCAGCUGGUGGCGAAGAAGCAGCAACAGCAGGGGCAGCAGGAAAGGCAGCGAAGGGCGAGCGUGCAUGGUGGGGGGCGGCCCCUCCUGAGUUCGUGGAUGCAAACAGCCACUCUGACGAUGACUUCCAGUCUGCACGUGCUGACACCCUGUCACAGGCGAGUUCCAUGACAGCAGCUAGCCUGUGCCAGAGAGGCGCACAAGCAGGCAUGAUGCUGCCGGCGCAGGCAGGCAGGGCACUAGUGGGCAAGCUGCAGGAGGGCGCAGGAGCGUUGCUCACCAUCCACCACUGUGACUCGCGCACUCAGCAGCAGCCCGCUACUCCCAUGCUUACUCCAGAGGCAGAUGCAGGUGGUAUGAGCGUCCGUCCCUCCUCCCCCCGUCGCUCCAAGGGCCUGUCCUCCGUAUUCUCAGUUGCUCGCAAGGUGCUCUCCCCUCGUGGGGCCCGCGUGUCAGCAUCCUCCUCCUCUUCCAAAGCAGGCGGCAGCAAGCCAUGCGUGCCGUCCUUGAGUGGGGAGAGGAGGGUUCAUGGGAAGGCAGGAUUAAGGAGGAGGAAGGAUGGGACCGUGGGGAGGGGGGCACAGGAGCUUGGAGUGGGAGUGGAGCAGGAGGAGCAGGAGGACGAGGAGUUCCAUAGUGCUGGGAGUGAGAACUCUGAUGAGCUGGAAGAAAUGUUCAACACAGCGCCUCUGCUCCUCACCACCCCGCCGCCACACCUCCCCUCGCCAAGUGCGGGCAAGCCUGGAGAUUUUUCAGAGGACGAAGGAGAGGGCAGUGGGGCGGAGCAUGAUUCACAAGAGGGGGCGGAGGCGGCAGAGGAUCAAGAGGGAAGGCGCACCGCAACAGGCAGUUGUGGGAAAGUGGAGUCUGGGACGCGCGUUGCUGCACAAGCACAACAGCAGGCUGCCAACGUUGCUACACCUGCUGCUGCUGCCGUUGCAGCUCGCGAUGAUGCCAAUGAUGCCGGUGCCACCACCAUUGGGGCUACAGCUGCUGCACCCCACCCACACCGCGCCUCCCGUUCUCCCCUCCAAACGUUUGGCGCUACGAUGCUCUCUGCUGCCCGCACUGCACUCUCCCCCUCCCGCCGCUUCUCCUUCUCACCUGCCACUGCUCCUGGCCCUGCUGCUGGCACGCGGAAAGUCAGGGCAUGGAGUAUGGGCGGUAGUGGGGACGAGAGGGAGGUGGGUAGGUCACAGCAGAGUGGAAGUAAGGAAGGGGGUGAUGGUGCAAGGAUGGCGCAUGGAGCGUCAGCAGCGGAAUGGCUGGAAAAUGAAGUUUUUGCUGUGCAUUCAGAUACAGUGAUCAAGCCAGCCCCACCCAGCAGCCCCUCAUUCACACUUUCUCAACCAGUCGCCUCCACCUCUCACUCCUCCUCCACUCACCCCCAUAUCCCAACCUCUCUCUCUGAUCUCCAUGUAUCUGCCUCCGCACAACCAUCCCCUCGACUCCACCUGCACAUCGAUUCAAAUGCUGCUGAUCCCACCUCUUCCUCCCGUCGCCCCUUGUCCUCUCCAAGCUCGCCCACCAUUGCCCUGCACUCUUCUUCCUUCCGUUCCACAUCCCCUCGCACCUCGUUUCGCCACUCCCCCUUGUCCUCUCGAACACGUGUUUGGGCAAAGCAGACACACCGGCCCUUCUCCCCUGGUUCGGCCGCACCUCGGAGGCUCUCCGAUGCUUCAGGUUCGGGAGUGGAGCGGCCCCGGACCUGGUCUCUGCAUCCGGAGCUGUGGAGUCGGGUGACUAAGGGAAGGGAGGGACAGGCGGAGUCGGGAGGUUCUAGAAACUUGAGGAGCAGUGGAGGUGGUGGGGGUGGUGCUGUCCCUGCUGCUGCACCCACCGCAGCAACAGCAACACCAGCAUCAGCAGUAACAGCAGCAGCACCUGUGCUCUCGAACGUGAGACCACAAAACGGUGUAGCAGCAGCAGCAGCAGCAGCAGCAGCAGCAGAUGCCUGUAACCCUGGCACUGCAGACGCUGUAUCCCGCUGUGUGAGUGCCAGCGAGCACGCUAGCAGCCCUGUGUAUGGGAUGGAAGGGCGCCAACGGGGGGCGUCACUCUCCCCAAUGCCCCGCACCUCCUCCACUCCCUCUUUUACCUCAGCAACUGCAGCAGCAGCAACAGCACGAGCAGGAGCAGGAGAAGCAGCAGGAGCAGCAGGAACAGCAGGAGCGGGACGAGAAGGGGCAGGAGGUGCAAGGUCACGUGUGACAGUACACGGAGGGGCAGCACGAGAUGGGACAGAAGGAGAGGGCACAGCAGCAGCAGCAGCAGCAGCACAACGAGGAGGGCUGCCGCGAUGGAAGUCACUUCACACAUCCUUCUCCGUGCCCUCGCUGCAUAAGCUCGCUCACUCCGUGGCUGCCGCUGCUGCCUCUGCUGCUUCUGCCACGCCUCCUGUCAAGACCCCCAGGCAGCACAUGACAGACGCGGAGGAGGAUGAGGAGGAGGAGGAAGUAGAUGAAGAGGAGGACUUUGGGGCGUUCAGAGGGGUGUAUUGGGAGAGGGAGAGGGAGCGGCGGCAGGAGCAACCGGCACGAGCAAGCGUGCCAGUGCGAGUGGAUGCAGAGACGGCAGUUGCCAAGAUGCUACUAGCCCCCCGCAAAGUCCUUCACAUGCCUGAGCCAGGGUCGCAGCUACCACACCAUGUGUCCCUCUCCCGUCCUCCUCGCCGUCGCUCCUCCCCGCUCGUCAUCUCCCCCGAUUCCUCUCCUGACCGUGCCUCCUGCACCUCGCCUCCCCUGUCCGCGCCACCACCCGCCCACUGCUGGAUGACCAUCAGCCCGGCCUGCUUGCCUGUGCGCGGAACAAGCUAUUUCAGCACGGGUGGGAAGCAGGCAGGGCAUCACAUGACGCCAUACACAGUGACAGCAGUGGAUGUAUUUCACACGCCCCACAAGCUCACCCACAUUGCUCGCCUCCUUGACCUUCCUUCUGCCGCCGCCGCUGCCACAGCUGCCGCCACCGCCACCGCCCACUCCUCAGCUGCUUCCUCCCCGCGCACUGCACCCCCCGGUGCUGCUGCUGCGGCUGCCACUGGCUUAGCUUCUCGUGAAGCUGCUGCUCUUGCUGCUGCGCUGCCGCGAAUGUUGCUGAUUCACGUGCAGGUGCCCAUCCACACGCCGCGCUCUCACAUCCCGCUGCUGUCAUCUGAUUCACAUGCAUCAGAGGGGUUUAGCCUCGUGCUCUAUGCGCACCUCUGCCCCUCAUUCUUCUCAUCCGCGCCCCCCCACAUGCUGGCGCUGCUCCGGGGGCUCAAGGGCGGGGUGGAGACAAUGAAGGAGGAGGAGGUGGCGCGAGUCUCUGCCAUGCUGUCAGGCGCUGCUGCGUUUGUCCCCUUUAAAGAGCGCCUCAAGCUCAUGGUUGUGCGCAGAGAUGGGGCGAAAGACGCCGCCCGGACAGUCCUAGCACGGGAGGACGGGAAUGGGGACGCGAGGAGGGAGAGGGCAGGAGAAAGGGGGGGUGGAGGGAUGAGGGGCGAGUCUGGAGGGUUGCAUGGAGAGGAGGGAGAGGAGGACGAGGACGAGGACGAGGAGGAGAGGGGGGGGAGUGAUGAGGAAGGGAUUUCAGAGGAGGAGGAUGGUGAGGUGGAGGCAGGAGUUGGGAGGAGCUGUGUGCGCAGGAGGAAGGGGGGAGUGAGAAGGAGAAUAUCAAGGACGGUGGGGAGAGUGAUGGGAGUUAGGGACAAAUCAGGGGGUGUAGCAGCAGGAGGGAGGGGGCGGAGAGAGGAGUGGGGAAAGGAGGAGAGCGCUGCAAUUCUAACACACCCAUACCAGAUGUUCUUCCGGGGACCCGACUACUUGGAGAUAGACAUAGACCUGCACCAGCUGCCUCAAUCGUCCCGCAAGGCCCUGCUGCCUCUCCUCUGCACGCUCCCCGACUCCUCUCUCGACCUUGCCCUCAUUGCCCAGGUGCCUUGCCCUCAUUUCUUGGCUUUUCCUGUCAUAUUGCUCGCUACGAGCCUGAGAAUGGGUCUUCGUGGUCCCACGACGUACGAUGCGGAGCCCACGCGGCGUCCCGACAUGAUCGUGAAUCACCAGGCGCCGUACAAUGCGGAGACUCCACCCGCGCUGCUGGGAACGGCGUUCAUCACGGGCGCCGACGCCUUCUACGUGCGCAGCCACGGGCCCACGCCCGUGCUAGACGAUGCUGACAGCUAUCGCUUGCAAGUGGGCGGUCUCGUGCCCAAGCCGCUCUCUCUCUCCCUACAGGACAUCAAGUCCAUGCCAGCGGAAACCAUUGUUGCCACCAUGAUGUGUGCGGGCAACAGGCGCACGGAGAUGAGCACCAGGCGCAAGGUCAAGGGCGUGGGGUGGUCCCAGGCUGCCAUCGGGAAUGCCACGUGGACAGGAGUGCGUGUGUCGCACGUGCUGGAGCUGGCAGGAGUGGCGCCUCGUUCCACGCGCACCUCAGCAGGCGGCAAGCAUGUGGAGUUCACCAGCGUUGACGUCUGCCCAGAGGAGAAGGGGGGGCCCUACAAGGCGUCGCUGCCGCUCCUCCACGCCUCCUCACCAGAGCAGGAUGUGCUCUUAGCCUACCAGAUGAACGGACAGGACUUGACUCCUGACCACGGCUUUCCUCUGCGCAUCGUUGCUCCCGGGGUCAUCGGGGCGCGUUCGGUGAAGUGGCUGGAUCGCAUCGACGUCCUCUCGCACGAGUCGCAGGGCUUCUUCAUGCAGCGCGACUACAAGAUGUUUCCCCCCAGCAUUGACUGGCACAACAUUGAGUGGAACACUCGCCGCCCUAUCAUGGACUUCCCUAUCCAGUCGGCCAUAACAGAGCCUGCAGUGGGGGAGGAAGUACAGCCAGGUCCUAUCACCAUCUGGGGGUAUGCAGCAGUGGGCGGCGGACGUGGCAUCGAGCGGGUGGAGGUGUCAACUGAUGGAGGCGCCACCUGGCAGGAGGCCACGCGCCUGCCACACACCGUCGACAACCCCUCUCAAUUCGGCCUCCUGCAAGGCCCGGCAGCAGCAGGGGAGGGAGGCGGCGUGUAUGUGGCAGAUGCGGAUGAGGAGGGAGAGGGGCGGUUCAAGUGGGCGUGGGUGCUGUGGCAGCUCAACGCCACUGUCACUCCGCCAUGCCAGAUUGUCGCUCGUGCGGUGGAUUCAUCGUCCAACACACAGCCGGAGGAUGUGGAUAGCAUUUGGAACCUGAGGGGUGUGCUCAACAACUCGUGGCACCGUGUGGACCUCAAGGCUGCUGCCGACAAUGCUGCUGCUGCUAAACUCUAA